AAUGAAAGUUACUUUUUAGGUGUAGCUCACGCAUUAGCAUCCAUGUCUGAAUUUCAAAUUGUUGGCGUGUGCAAUAAGAAACGCAAGCAUUUGAUUGGUUUAGACAAUUUACUUGCAAUUUUAUACAGAACAUUGCUCAUUUGGCUUCAGUACCUUCUACUUCUUUAAAGAGAUGGCAUCUUCUUCUUUUAGAUCCUCUAAAUGGGAUCCCAUUUUUAUUUUAGCACAAAUUACUUCCUUACAGUCACUCCUCUACAUUUUGUAUAGUGUGUUACUGUACAUUGCAUUAACAUUAACAGGAACCGAUAUAUCACUCGAUCUUAUUUUCAGCGACAAAGAGAUCAGAACAGACACAGGUUUUGGAUGGUCUUUGAUUAUUGUUUGGCUUGUCAAUGCUUGCCUUAGUAUACCCAUUCUUAUGUUAAUUGUACAACGAGCGAAACAGAUUCUGGAUUUUGUCUUAACUUUUCAUUUUUUCCAUAUAUUGUGUGUAUGGAAAUUAUCACACCAUUUUCCGACAGGCUCCUCGUGGUGGAUACUUCAAUUAGCUAACGUGGUUAUCAUGACUUUUGGUGGGGAGUGGGCAUGUAUGCACCGGGAGAUGAAACCAAUCAUGAUAAAAAGUGGCCUGAACAGAAAAAAAGAAACGACCGAUACAUCAUCAUCAAAUACAACUGUUUUACCAGAGGAUGAAGAAGGUUUAUUGGGAAAUACCGAAAAUAACAACAAGUUUAAGAGAAAGGUGUCUGAUGUCGGACCAAAGGAAGACAGUAGUAUCGUUGACGAUCAAGGUGCAUUACUAGCUGCUGUUAGUAAAGCCAAAAAAGCACUUAUGUCGACUGCGGGUAGAUCAAAACGUACAACCAAAAAAUAUGACAUUAUUCCUAUGAAGGAUAUGGAUAAUGACAAUGCAAAUAGUAACAACUAAUUAUCCCUUGAUUACCCCCUCUUGUACAUAUACUGAACUUCAGUUUUGACACUUCAUUAGCCUAUUAUUUGAAUAAAAUAGAAAUUCAGACAUCUAAGUUAUGGCAAACUGUAUCAAUUAAAGAUUCUGU